ACAAAUUAGUAGCUACGCGACAGACUCAGGUCUAACUAUCACCAAAUUUGUAAGAAAUGAACUAGUUUAUACCGACAUAUUGCAAAUCUAUCAACUUUUUUCUCCUGAAAUUGUCCGAACCUGUAUUUAAGAAUUAUGUAAUAAUUUGGGUUAGAUCGCCCUGAUGCCGGCCGUAGUGCUCAUCCUGUCGACUUGACCCCUCGUAACCUCGCGGCGUUUUUCCCUAAACUGCCAUGGUUUUAGGGCUUGAUGUUUUCCACGUCUUUAAAUAUCCUGCUGAUAAAGUCAUCAAAACACAUCUGUCCAAGUACCCGACUCCCAAGGAGAAAUUUGUGGAAAGCAUCACAACUGUAGAGGAAUCAGUGGAUUCUGUGUCGGGGGUUGAGUACAGAAAAAAGUUGGCAACAUGCACCAACGUUGUGCCAAAGUUUUUAAGAAGGCUUGGACUUCUGAACGUCCCAGCUAUCAUCCUGGAGGAAGAAUCAUGGUACUAUAGAAGACAGAGCACGGCCAAACUGUCGAGCAGGAUGCUGACGUGGGAAAACCUGGCACAACUCAGGGAGGAAUCUGAAUUCAGACCAAGUCCAGAAAACCCGAACUGGACAGAGUUUCGCAUGCGUGGAACCAUUUCCAUCACUGGUGUGGGACCGUUCGGCGCUAUACUGGAAUAUUACGCACAAGUCUUCCUUAGGGGAGGGGGCAAAAAGAGUAUUCGGAUAAUGGAAGAACUUCUGCGCGAAAGAUACGGCGAGGGAGCCAGCCGCUCAAGUAAACCAUCGUCCAAUAAGUGUAUUCUCCCUAACACCACUGGCCAAUCACAUCAUUCUGUGUCCUGAAAUAUGUAAAUAAUGUGCCAAAAGUAUUGACCAAUCAGAGGACGGAUGUCAGUAAUGUGUGCUAAUUAUCAAAGACCUGAUCAUGAUUAAGUUAGAUGGUUGUGAUUGGUCAGAUCUAGCGGAAAGUUAAGUUUUAAAAUGUGUUGUCAAUGUGAAAAAUGCUAACUGUAAGUGAACUAUGUGAAACAAAUCAAGAUACAAAAGUCUCAAUUAUUACAAGAAUGUGUUAUUUAAUAAUACAACAUCUUCUCAGGUAUAUUUAGAAAAGUAUUACAGAAUGUGAGAAAGUUGUGCAACAAUUCUUCUUUGAUUUUUUUGCUUCAUUUACAUUUUUUUUACCACGUAAAUACAUAGCUAGACACAAAGUUUACUUCAAGAUGAGACCAAAAGGCAAUACAUAAAGAAAAGCCAGGGGCCUUGACCUUUGACAUAUUACACUGUGCAUGCACAUUUCAAACCAGGAACUAACUUAUUGCACUGCUGAAUAUUAAUAGCAUGGAUUUCUUUUCUAUUCACUCCACUAAUCUUACCACAACAGUUGGUGACAGAAAAACACAACAAAACAUUUUUUUCAAACCUUCUCUUACGGAAAAAGACAACGAAACCAUUUUUAAACCUUCCCUUACAAUUCACCAAUAAAGUACACAAUACUAAAAGA